CCCCCAUUUCCUAAAUGGAACAGAUUGCCCGAGCUUUUUCAUUUCCUAGCUUUCCCAAUUUUUAUUCAAAGUUACUCUUUUUAUUUUUCAGGAUUAUUAAGUUGAACUUUUCUUCUGUGUCAUCAUUUUUGGAGGGCUAACACCUUAGUGGACGUAAACUGCAAGUCAAUUGAGGCGAUGGUGGAGGCGUUUAUGGUGAUGAUGAUGAUGAUGAUGAACUGUAAAAGAACGAUUCACUAACUUGUCUGUCUUUUGCUACCUGACAAGUCGAUAUAAGUUCAUUUUCAUCAUGAUGUACUCUCCUCUCUGUCUUACUCAGGAUGAGUUUCAUCCGUUCAUCGAGGCCCUACUGCCGCAUGUGCGUGCCUUCGCCUACACCUGGUUCAACCUGCAGGCGCGCAAACGCAAGUACUUCAAGAAGCACGAGAAGAGGAUGACCAAGGAGGAAGAGCGUGCAGUGAAGGACGAGCUGCUGGGAGAGAAGCCCGAGGUCAAGCAGAAGUGGGCGUCGCGGCUGCUGGCCAAACUUCGCAAGGAUAUCCGGCCCGAGUGCCGCGAGGACUUUGUGCUGUCUAUCACAGGGAAGAAGACCCCCUGCUGCGUCCUCUCUAACCCUGACCAGAAGGGCAAGAUGAGGAGGAUCGACUGCCUGCGUCAGGCCGACAAGGUGUGGAGGCUGGACCUGGUCAUGGUCAUCCUGUUCAAGGGCAUCCCGCUGGAGAGCACGGACGGAGAGCGCCUGGUCAAGGCUGGGCCAUGCAACAACCCCAUCCUCUGUGUCCAGCCACACCACAUCAGUGUCUCGGUCAAGGAGCUGGACCUCUACCUGGCCUACUUCGUACAGGAGAGAGAGUCAGAGCAGAGCAGUAGCCCACGCACAGGUAUUGGGUCAGAUCAGGAGGAUAGCCGAGCUGCCACCAUGGAUGCUCCUGAGUUUCAGGAAAGCUUUGUGACAUCAGGAGUUUUUAAUGUAACAGAGCUGGUGCAAGUGUCCAGAACUCCGGUGGUGACGGGGGCAGGCCCUAACUUCUCUCUGGGAGAGCUGCAGGGGCACCUGGCCUAUGACCUUAACCCCUCAGGGGUGGGCAUGAGGAGAACCCUGCCCAGCACCUCCUCCAGCGGGAGUAAGAGGCACAAGUCAGGCUCCAUGGAGGAUGAUGUGGACACCAGUCCUGGGGGGGAGUACUACACCUCUCCCAACUCCCCGGCUAGCAGCUCCCGCAACUGGCAAGAGGAUCUGGAAGGAGGCAUGUCCCCUGGAGUAAAGAAGACAGAGAUGGACAGCCCGUCUCCUCAGGAGAGCUCCCCACGUCUCGGCUUCACACAGCACCACCGGCCCGUCAUCGCAGUGCACAGUGGGAUUUCUCGAAGUCCGCACCCCUCCUCGUCUUUGCACUUCCCCACCACCUCCAUCCUGCCCCAGUCCACCUCCUACUUCCCCCACACCGCCAUCCGCUACCCGCCACACCUCAGCUCCCAAGACCCGCUGAAGGACCUGGUCUCCCUGGCCUGUGACCCGUCCAACCAGCAGCCCAGCCCAGUGAGUCCAGCCCAUCUAACAACUCUAACUAAGGCCCAGAGUUUGUCCUGGUCAGGUCAUGUGCUGAACGGCAGUGGUCAAGUGAAGGUGCCCAGUCACUACAUCUCCUCCCAGAUGCUGGCGCCUCCUCCGCCCCCUGGAAUGCCCCGACUGACGCUGCCCUCCGACUCCAAGUCCAGCACCACCACCUCGGACGGGGGAGCCAACUCCCCCACGUCACCCAGUAAGUGGGCCGCUGCAUACUCAGCUCCUGGGACGCCCCCUGCCAACCGCUCCUUUGUCGGGAUCGGACCUCGAGACCCUGGCUCACUCUACCAGGCACAGUCCUGGUACCUGGGGAACUAAACAACACAAGGAUCAUUGAAAGGGGCAGGGACACAUGGAUUUGAGAUUCAACACUUUUUGUGGAAUUAAGAAAAUUGCAAAUGCGAUGCAAGAGGGAAAGUGUAUAUAUAUAUAAAUAUAUGUGUGCAUAUAUAUUUAUGUAUAUCAACAUAAAAGAUGCUUCAACACACCUUUUUGGAAUGCAAGACAGAGGCAGAGAGAGCAACGCCAAGGCAAGAAAGAGAAAAGGUUUGUGCAGCCAAAAUGAACGGUGGGGCAGAGACAUGACCCUGUCUCCAGGAUAGUACCCCUCCUCUUUAACACCCCCUCUGCUACAGGUGCUGCUUCCUCAUAUAUGCAAAAUAAGUAUCCUUUCAUUUCUCAAUCAACAAGAAAGAGAAGAAUCCGGAUCCAGAGUCAUUAUACUUUUCCACACUUCUUCGGAGACGGUAAAUGAACAACUCUUUGAAAGUAGUUAGGGGAGGUGGUCACACAUGGUCAAUAACCUCCCUUUACCCAUGAAGAGCCUACUUUUCAUCCAGUUUGAUUGACAAUCCUGUAUCUGUGUCAGUUACUUUGUUUAAAGAGUGGGGUAUUUUUAAGAUUUCAUUUAACACAGCCCCUUUGUCGUGUUUAAACGUGUCUUCAUGAGGCACAGUGAUAUGCAUACACAAUCACAAGGAUCUGUCUUUAGAGCAGUAGAGAGCAUCGUAAAAAGACAGGUACUGUAACAGGUGUGUUAGUUUUCACAAUAACUGAUACGACCUCUUGGGCCUGUCAACUGUUGUCUGUUUGUUUAGACAUUUGUUUGUGUUUGCAUACGAUUCAAGCAUAGUGAAACCUCCUCUUCCUAUCCUUGCCCCACUCUUGAGUUAAUAUUGCAUAAAGUUUGUAUUAAUGUAGAUAACAGGGGUUUAUUCUGCAUAGUGACAAAGGGAGUACAAAAAUAGUAAUGUCACUAUUGAGACAGUAUUGGGUGUAGAGGGGAGAAUCUUUCUUUUUUUCUGUAUUUAGUUUAAAUUGCAUUGGACAUUACAGGCAUUGCACUACUAUAAUGUAAAUGUUUCCUUAUUAGCAGCUAUCCCUUGGCCUAAUCAUAUGACAUGUUGCAAGUCAGAGGUGUGUUUUAGGAUUAUGUUGUAGAAACUACUAUGUUGUGUUGCUUUGGUAGCAGGGUACAAGAGUUAUGAGUGUUGGCUUUCUUGAGCUAUCGAUUCGGAUCAGAACAAUCCAGCCCUGUUGUGUUUCAGAUAUUCUAUACUCAUCGAGAGGACGUUUCCUUGUGUGUGUUGAGGUACAGGGAAUCCUGACAGGUUUAUAGGUAAAUCACACCCUUUUUGGAUCUCUUUCUACAUUCUGUGUAUCUAAGUCACACUUUUAUUAUCUUACUCAUGCCGUCUUUAUAUAAUCGAAAAAACUAAAAGCAAUUUAUGAAUCUUUUUUUAAAGCAGAUCACAUACUUUGGAUGAGUCGAGAAGAAUGUGAAUGAUUUGAUCAUUAGAAGCGUGUCUGUAAAGGUAACCAUUGAUAGUGCCACCACUGACCCCAGACCUAAUGGUUGCUAGGCCAACGGCACUGCAUGUAUCCAUGUGUGCACAUGGCAUGAUUCUGGCUCAUUGAUGACGGGCAACUGACUGACCAGCAGUGUCCAUCACCAGUCUAUUUGGUCAGAACUUUCUUUACAGGUUUUGUCCUUGUCUCAUUUGCUAAUGCAAUGUUUGUGACAACAGACUUUGUUGCAGCAUGUGUUGGGAUGGAUGCAGAUACAUAUUUAUAAAUUGAAAACAUCAGGACUUAAGACUCCCCAAGCCCAAACCAUAUAUACAGCCAUGAAAAGUGCCUAAGACAUAGCAAGAGUUCUUUCUACAUUUCUUUGUAUUAUUGUUUUGGUUUGUUUGAAGUACUGCAAACAUCAAUGAGCUCUAGACAGGCAACAGAUGUGGUGUGAGAGAGAGGUGUGAUGCACAGAGGGGGAGAAGUUAUGGAGAGCUCACAGCCCUCACCUGUCUCCAGCCAAAUGCACCUUCCAUGUGUUUUUCUGAGCACAGGUUUCUCAUUGGUUGUCUGCUGGGGACAAGCUAAGAAAAGUAUAAAACUCUGCUAUCAGCAAUGACAUAAUUAAACCAACAUAUCAAAGCUAUAUACACACACACACACUGAACACAAAUGUAAACGCAACAUGUAAAGUGUUGGUCCCAUGUUUAUGAGCUGAAAUAAAAGGUCCCAGAAAUGUACCAUAUGCACAAAAAGCUUAUUUCUCUCAAAUGUUGUGCAGGAAUGUUUACAUUCCACAUUUCUCCUUUGCCAAGAUAAUCCAUCCACCUGACAGGUGUGGCAUAUCAAGAAGCUGAUUAAACAGCAUGAUCAUUACACAGGUGCAACUUGUGCUGGGGACAAUAAAAGGCCACUCUAAAAUUUGCAGUUUUAUCACACAACACAAUGCCACAGAUGUCUGAAGCUGAGGGAGUGUGCAAUUGGCAUGCUGACUGCAGGAAUGUCCACCACAGCUGUUGCCAGAGAAUUGAAUGUUAAUUUCUCUACCAUAAUCCGCCUCCAACAUUGUUUUUUGAGGAUUUGGCAGUACGUCCAACCAGCCUUGACCGCAGACCACGUUUAUUGCAUCAUGUGGGCAAGUGGUUUGCUGAUGUCAACGUUGUGAAUUGAGUGCCGCAUGGUGGCGGUGGGGUUAUGGUAUAGACAGGCAUAAGCUACGGACAACGAACACAAUUGCAUUUUAACAAUGGCAAUUUGAAUGCACAGAAAUACUGUGACAAGUUUCUGAGGCCCAUUUAUUUAAGGAAUCUGUGAGCAACAGAUGCAUAUCUGUAUUCCCAAUCAUGAGAAAUCCAUAGAUUAGGGCCUAAUGAAUUGAUUUCAAUUGACUGAUUUCCUCAUAUGAACUGCAACUCAGUAAAAUAUUUGAAAUUGUUGCAUGUUGCAUUUAUAUUUUUGUUCAGUAGAGAGAGAGAGAGAGAACACAGAUGCAGAUAUUGCUCAUUAAGACAGAUCUAGGGAAUAAUAUCCAUACACGAUGGUUACGAAAAGCUAACCUUUAAAUACGGCUUUGCAAUGGAAAACAUCAAAUUUGCGGUGAGUUUUUCAAUUCACAUCUGUUAUUUAAAAACAGAAUACCUACAAUGACUUGUUUUAAAAGGUGCUCAUAUGAAAUGAUACUGAUAUAUAUUCAUGCAUGGUGCUUUCAAAAGAAAAUCAUGAGAUACCAGCUCUAUCGACCACCAUAAUGCUGACAUGGGUGCAUGGCAGAAACUCUUACUACCCUUCUGAAGCUGACCCCCCUGCCCCCCAUAGCUCUUCCCUCUAAUCUUUGGAACAGAGAGCAAAUAAUACUGAUGGGUUCUUACCUUUUUACCUAAUUGUUUGGAUUUUUAUUCCCUAUUUUUAACUUCUAUUUUGCACGAUAUUUUAUAUAACACAUUAUGUGCCUUGCCUUUAGUUAAGAACAAUAAUACAUGAUACAAAUUAUGUAAAUUCAUUUCUCUUUUUGGUGUAACCGGUAACGCUGCAAAAAUGACAAAAAAACAUUGCUGCAUGUUUGAUUGCUUGUCAUUAUCCAGUUGAGAUGAAUACAGUAGUAGAUUAAAGUAGUGACAGUUUGCGUUUAUCGAGAUGGGGUAUUUUCACCAUUUUCCCUUUCUGUGGUUAUUAUACAUUAGUAUUUGUCAUUCCAUCACAUGGAAACCUUGCUACAAUUUAAUCGUGUUAAUUUCUUCAUUUUUAUUGACUCUUGUUGCUUUCCCUUUCAUUAUGUCUUCCAGCUUGGUGUAAUAUGUGAAAUAUGCAAUUCUUGUUUCCUCUGCUCAGCGAUUGCUUAAGUUGUAUUUUGCCCCCUUUUUAAAGCUCUUCUUCAAUGAUAAAGAAUGUGCUGCAAGAAUUAGAGAAAAUGUCCAAGUGCUCCAAUUCAAGAUGGAGGUCAGGGUAGAGAGCUGUGAGGGAUGUGUUGUAGGUGAUCAGGCUCCUAGCACGGAACAGAGCUGUAAAAGCACUGAGAUGGGCUUACAUUUCCCCCAGCACCAUGGCAACUUCUGCCUCUGUAGACAAUUUUUGGCACCAAAUGACCAGAACUGAAUAUGGGGUACAUUUUGUCCCACUAUUUUGUUACAUUACAACCUGCGAGUCUCCUAUAUGCAGAUAGGCAAAUCCAAGCACUUUAAUAGUUCUUCAAACAAGAACAUCUAUAAAAAUAAAAAAAAUGAAUCUAUCCAUAUGCUAAAACAAGGGAAAUUACUCAUUUGGAAUUGUUUAAGGAUAAAGCUGAAGCUUCCGAGACAAAUUCUUUACAUGGAAUGCUAACUGUCUUAUUAUGUUGUGUCAGUGAUGAGCAGGACACAGUGCUUCACAUCUUUGUUUUUCUUUGUGUGUUUCAUGGGUGUAUGAGAGAGAAAGGGAUUGAGAUCGUGUGAGUGUGUGGCUAGAUCUGGUUCUCAGAUUGCACAUACAUAAAUGGGCCGAUAGCAAAGAGAGAGAGAGUGUUCAGAUGUAUUGGGGAAAGGAGUGUUCAAAAACACUAGAUGUGGGUUUCACUUCAGACGACUGAAAGAGAGAGAGAGAGAGAGAGAGAGAGAGAGAGAGAAAGAGAGAGAAAGAGAGAGAGAGAGAGAGAGAGAGAGAGAGAGAGAAAAGGAUGGGGUAUUUUAGCACUACUAGAUGGAAUUGUCGGAGAAGAGUAGAAAUGUGUGACACAAUAAACUAGUGCAGUGAGAUGCAAUAAUGACGUGAUAAAUUCCCCUCCUCAAUUUUAUACCUUGUGAUUUAGAGUUUUUGCAUCGCACUGCAUUUUCCAUCGGGUUAAGGGGUCAAAUUAUUUCACUGGGAAUAUGCACAAUACCUGGAUGUUAUUGAAAUUAAAUGAUCAAAAAUCUGUCAAAAUGAAAAUAAAAUGUAAAAAAAACAACACAAAAAAAAACAAUUGAAGGUUUCAUAACACUGGCUACAAUAGAAUGUUAAGCUUUAUGUACCAUGUGUAGAUUAUUAUUUUCAUCUUUAGUGUGUAGUUACAUUUUUAGGUUCUCCACAUUUAGGUCCAUUGUGUGGAAUCUACAAAUCCACCUUAUGUUGUUUUGAAUAUUAGCCCUUCAGAAUUAUAGACUGACCUCGUCAGAAUCAUGGUAUAGACAGUGAAAACAACAGAAAAUCUGUUAAUAGCUCUUCAAAUUACUGAAAGAUGCCAAGACAUUAGUUUUUUUUAUUAGAGGGUAGAUUAUAAUUGAUCAUUUCUUACUGCGUAGUGUAAUGGGAGUAUAUUGAAUAAGAGAGGAUAUUGUGUAUUUUUUUCAGCAGGGUCAGAAAAGGCCAUGUGAAAGUUUGUUAUGCAGUGUACAGUAUUGUUUCUGCAAUGGAUAUUGCAAUGCUGGUAGCUAUUGAGAAUUCAAGUUAAAUGGCAGAAAAAGAGGUCUUGUUUACAUCAGUGUUUCCUAACUCCAGCACCUCCAACAAUACAUCUAUUUGUUGCAUCCCCGGACAAGCACCCCUGAUUCAACUUAUCAACUAAUCAUCAAGCCCUCAAUGAGUUGAAUCAGGUUAGUCAGGGACUGCAACAAAAAUGUGUACUGUUGGGAGUACUCGAGGACUGGAGUUGGGAAACGCUGGUUUGCAUGCCCUUCUUAAGAUCUUGGCAAUGACGGUUUAUGUGUCCCGGUCCACAGUCCCAGGUUGAAGUGGCGUGCUGUAGCAAAGGCAUUCCAUCAAAUCCAUACGAUCCUCAAGCUCAACAAAAUGCUGCCGUCAUUCAGCAAGCUAAUUUAUAUUUGUUAAACAGGACAUGUGGUGAGGCAAGCGUCUGCUCCUGAUCAAAGAACUCCCACGGUGUGGGCUAUGUCCCUGGGCUCUGUCAUGUAUGGAAGGAGGACAAGGCCAACUGACGUGUUAACCAUACACCCAGUACAGUCAGUGGGCUAGUUGGAGCACAAGGCCCAUAAUCAAGUCAUCACAUUCGCCUCCUAGAUUUCAGCAUGGAGUCCAAUUACUGCUGUAGUACUGAGGGCGCCAAAGUGCUCAUGUUUGGUAGCGCUGGCGAAUGCUCAAGCUUAUUGUAUGUCGACUUAUUAGGCUUUUCAAAAAACUACAUUUGGAUGUUUUAAACACACACAAUUAAUGGAAAUAGAGAAAGAAUCCCAUGUAAAGUUCCCCUCUGGUUCUAACUGUACAGUAGCAGCAGACGCUGGAGUCUCAUGACAUGUUCUGUGAAGAUUUGCACUGCUCCACACUCACCUCUCCAGUCCAGUUUACCCUCCAGCCUGGGUCUGACUGGGACACAUAGGGACAUGGGUCUGACGCCACGGUAGUCUAGCCAGCACAGUGGUCCUUCAGCACACCACGGUAGUCUAGCCAGCACAGUGGUCCUUCAGCACACCGUCUGCUUUUUUCAUUUGCUUUUUGUAACUAAACUCGGCUAUACAUUAUAUUAUUAUGACAGCGACGUAGACUUUUGUUUUCAGAGCAGGUGUUCCCCCCCCCCCCCAACACUUUUUAAAGUGGCCACAGGUGAUGGUUGAACUUACUCUGAAAGACAUUAAUAUGCAUUCGAUACUGAUGCAUGUAAAACAUUAUCUUAUUAUAUUUCAAAACCCUUACUAAUAUUUUUGUAGUGAUUAUUAUCAUUGUGAUUAUUGUAGGAUUGUUACAUUUUGGACACAUUAUCCUGUGUAUAAAUGCUUACAGUAUAUCAAUGAGAAUGAAAUAGGCAAAAUGUACAUACCAUUUUUUUCCUUUUUUUGUAUAAGAAAGUACAUGUUUAUGUUUGUGUUUAGAUUUAGUUGCUAUAAGCUUGUGGCCAAGCCACAAAAUAUAAGAAUUCCUUCUUAGGGUUCUGCUAUGGUUGGUAUGAGCUCACCACCAAUGCUGCAUGCCUUUUUAAACAAGGUACCUGUAUUUGGUUUUACUAACCCUGAAACUUGGACUCCAGUCAUUUCAGCAUCACUUGUUGUCAUUUUAAACAGAUCCAGAAGCUUCAAUAAGCCUCAAGGGGAUAUGCAAAUUCCAUUGCCAUUUAUUUUUCAUUUUUUCCACAAGUCAUCUAACAGUUCUGCACUUCUUUUUAUUUUCACUGUUGCUGUGCAAGCUUCAAGAUCUCAAACACUUUCCUUCUAUUUGGAAGGUUGCACUAAAUAACCUGGUAUUGAUGUUUUAAGGAAACUUCUCAAGAUGUGCUUCUCUGGAAAUAUUUCUCAAGCUUAACCUUUGAGAUGUAGGAAUCCUGUGUGUGUGAGAGAGACAGAGCAAGAUAAAUUGAGGAAACAGCUGCUUGUAACAAGCUACGGAUAUUAUUCACCGUAUUUCUCCCCCUUUAUUGUUUAUCGUUAGAGAACCCACUGAGUACAUCACUUUUAUUGUUUAUCGUUAGAGAACCCACUGAGUACAUCACUUUUAUUGUUUAUCGUUAGAGAACCCACUGAGUACAUCACUUUUAUUGUUUAUCGUUAGAGAACCCACUGAGUACAUCACUUUUAUUGUUUAUCGUUAGAGAACCCACUGAGUACAUCACUUUUAUUGUUUAUCGUUAGAGAACCCACUGAGUACAUCACUUUUAUUGUUUAUCGUUAGAGAACCCACUGAGUACAUCACUUUUAUUGUUUAUCGUUAGAGAACCCACUGAGUACAUCACUUUUAUUGUUUAUCGUUAGAGAACCCACUGAGUACAUCACUUUUAUUGUUUAUCGUUAGAGAACCCACUGAGUACAUCACUUUUAUUGUUUAUCGUUAGAGAACCCACUGAGUACAUCACUUUUAUUGUUUAUCGUUAGAGAACCCACUGAGUACAUCACUUUUAUUGUUUAUCGUUAGAGAACCCACUGAGUACAUCACUUUUAUUGUUUAUCGUUAGAGAACCCACUGAGUACAUCACUUGAACAUCCACCCGGGUGGUACAUUUUUAGACAUCCAUUGAAGAUGUUGAAUUGGUUUGUGGGAUUUGGGCUUGUAAAGACAUUUGAAUCAGUCCUAGACAAACAACAGCAGGGCUGACAGUCGCACUAGUUUUGUUGCAGUCCAUACAAAGUGUGGUCACAGUGUGUUUGUGUGUGUUUUUGUCUGAGUGUUUGGUCAGGAAAGGCAUGUGUGCAGAUGAAGCACAUUCCUCUGGUAGUGCAGGUGUGAGGCCCCACACUGCUCCGAGUGCCUUUCUUCAGCAGCGCAGCGCUGCGUUGUUGUGAAUGUUACUCUAGUUUUACUCAAGGACGCACUGCUCUGCUCCACCCAGGGACUUGCUACUGAUAUGAUGUGAGGGUGUGGAAGGUGUGUGUGGGAGCUGCAGCCGCACUGCAACGGGUAUUGAUCCAGUAUGAGUUUAUGAAAAGAGAAGUCUUUACACAUGGUGGCAACACAACGUUGAAGAUUAGAAUAUGAAAAAAGUUGAUUUACUAUAUUGGCCUAUGAUUUUCCUUCACGGUUUUUCAACGGAUCUAGUUUAUCUUUAUGCAAUUGGUACAGUAUAUAGAUUAGAAAUAUGUUGUUUAUAGUCUGUGCAACUAUUUUAGGCAGGAACUCUGAAUUCUCCCUAUGCAAUUAAGGGCUGGUGUACCCUGACAGGGUAAAGACCUGGGAAUUUGAUACCUAUUGAUAUUCAUUCAUAAGUUCGUAGUAACUCAACAGUCACUGUCCAGACUCAUGCAGAUAUUUAUUUACCUACAAUUAGAAUCGGGACUUGAUUAAAAUGGUCACAAGUCCUGUUUAAGUGUCAAGAUGAUUUCUUCAGAGAGACAAAAAUACCUAGCAGUACACCAGUCCAAAGUGUAGAAUGACAAGACUUGUAUGUUUGUGAGAGUUUUGGGGGAUCAGUAGAUGGGAAGCCCAGUUCAGUUAGAUCAAUGCAAGGAUUUUACUUUUAUUGUAUUUAGUUUUUCCUAUUCCCCUUAAUGAUCAUUUAGUGGAGUUUUCUUAAAGCAAACUCAAAAAUCGCAAAUGAGGAGAUGAGUAGUAAACCGUCUCCAUAAUCCUCUUGUUACUGUGUGAAGAGACAUGGAGCACAGAAUAAUGGAGACCAGGCCACAACUCAGAUGUGUCACAACAUAGUUUUUGUGAUGAAAUGUGCUUAUGUUCACCCAGUGGAUGAAGGUAACUGUUUUUAAGUUUGGUCUCUGUAUUUUACUUUCAACAAACCAGCAGGUAAAAAAGCUAACUUACAUAGAUGUGAAUACUGAAUACCAAAAAUGAUUUAAACAAGCAGUGCCUGUCAUUUUACUGCUAAUUUCAUUUAUUUGUGGCCAUUGCCCUUCUCAAGCUCUGAUGUACAUAGUCUUUGUACUCUAAAGCUGCUGGGGGUCAUUCUGACUUUGUGUGGGACUCUGUUUGGUGCCUGAGCCCCACUCUCACAUUGGCUUCUGCUCAUAGCUUUCCACACAAACUGUCACAAUGAGGUCCUACAGUACUACCAAGGUGAAGGGCACCCACUAGCCAAUGGCCUUUGGCUAUGGAGGUGAAAAGCCAUACAAAACAAGUGCAGUUAUGAAGAUCUGUUAAUGUUAUUGAUAAUCCAUAUCACAGAUUCACUGACGUCAGGACCGGGAAGCCCCACCCACACAAUAGAGGAGAGAACAAGGCCACAUUUUAAUGAGGGCUCUUUUUACAAAAAAAUACAAUUCCUCACAUGAUCUUCAACUGCUUGGCGCGCCAAACCUUUCUUGGCAAUUCUAUUACUUUCAUCUUGUUCUGGACAUGUAUGUUGAUGCCAUCUUUAAACGUGCUGUUUUCUCAGUGUGAUGAAGUUGGUUGGGUGGAGGAGGGAAGAGAUAAAGAUGAUUCUCAGAGAACAUUCUAAUGCAGUGUUACAUUUUAAGGUUUUUUGUUUUUCCUCAUUAUUCUUUACAAAUAUUACCAUAGUAGUUAUUCAUUAAUCGCUUGCUUGCUGCACAGACAUACACACUGCACACCAGGAAAGAGCAUGUGGACAUUUAGUUCUGACACAUCCGGUAGAAUAGAACAGGAAACGGCUUCAUAGCACACGGAUCACUUUCAACUGCUUGUGAUUUUAUUGUCCUUUUUGAAACUUUUAGUACAAAAGUAUCAGCAAAAGUCGGUAAUAAAAGUUUUCUGCUAAUUAUUUGAAAUGACUCUCAUACAGGAAAAUUAAAGUUACCAUGUGUUUUUGAACUGGUGUGGGAGAAAUUUACAGCUUUGACAAUAUUUCAUUAUAACAUUGUAUUUAGCCAUCGCUGUUAGCAAAUACAUUACUGGAAGUGAGUAUGUUUCCCUAUGCAAAAAAAGUAUAAAAAAUAAUAAACAAGCUAUGCUACAACUCA